CACACCUUCCUUAUUUCUGUGUCACAGGCCUUGACGACGUUUUGGAAGGGGCUGAAUAGCCGUACGAUGUCCAUCGUACAUCGUACUCAAGACCAAGGAAGUUAACCCGGAACCCGUUCUAGCUACUUGAGCUACUCUAUACACUUGUCUCAGAAGCUGAUCAAAACGAGGCAAUCGCGUUGGUGACUCGACUUGCAACUUUAAGUUUAUUUCCUCCUUUCAUCGUUCGACUAUGAGCAUCAUCCAUAAUAGCCAAGAACCUGAACUCAUUAUCAAGCGUUGGUCAUCUCAUCCGGUGUUAAACAAGGAAUAUAGUGGUGGCCCAGGAGAAUGUGUCACAGAUUGGCUGCGGCACAUCGAACGUUGCUGCAGACGUUUUAAUGUUGCUUCCGAACAAUGGAUCCAAGUCGCAUUGCAUUUCAUGAGAGGAGAAGCUUUCUCCAUUGUCAAGCCAGCCUUGGAAGAAUGCGAGGAGAAGGGAGAAGUGGUCGAUUGGGACGAUUUCAAAGAGACAUUGAAACUUUUGGAAGCACAAAAUAGGGUGCAAUCCUCAGAUCCGCAAGCCACGAGCAAUAGCUCGUUAAAUAAUAAGCUAACUACCAAGAUUAUCGGGCAGGGUCUCGUUGCUGGCGGUUCAUCCGUUGUUCUACCCACCGUUGGGAUUGCUACAUUGAAUGCUGUGGGCUUCACAUCAUCGGGCGUAGCCGCAGGAUCGCUCGCAGCGGGCAUACAGUCAGUCAUCUAUGGUGGCGCAACUGGUGGUGUCUUUUCAGCUCUGCAAUCGAUUGGUGCUACCGCUGUCAUGGCCCCUCCAGUAGCCAUCGCGCUCGGAGUAGGUGCAAUCACAGCUGGUUGCGUUAUGGCUGUUCGAGGUAGACGAAAUGAUGAAAACGCUACCCCGGAGGCUCAACAGAGGGAUUAGACGGUAGUAUAGGUUAGUAUGAGCGAAUACCGUUGUUUGGAGGCUGUCUAGUUCAAUAAAUGUGUAUUCUCGCAGAAGUGUUCGCC